GGGGCUGCGGGCGGGCCCCGGCGGCGGGCAGGAGGCGGCGGCGGGCGGCGAGGCCUGCGGCGGCCUGCGGGGCGUCCCGGCCGCCCUGGGCAACAACACGCACCCGUGCGUCUUCGACGACCUCAGCGGCUCCGUGUCCCUGUCCUGGGUGGGCGACAGCACGGGGGUCAUCCUCGUCCUGACCACGUUCCAGGUGCCCCUGGUGAUCAUGAGCUUCGGCCAGUCCAAGCUCUACCGCAGCGAGGACUAUGGGAAGACCUUCAAGGACAUCACCCACCUCAUCAACAACACCUUCAUCCGCACCGAGUUCGGCAUGGCCAUCGGCCCCGACAAUUCGGGGAAGGUCAUCCUGACGGGCGAUGUGUCCGGCGGCAGCCGUGGCGGCCGCAUCUUCCGCUCGUCCGACUUCGCCAAGAACUUUGUGCAGACGGAGCUGCCCUUCCACCCGCUGGUGCAGAUCGCCUACCACCCGCAGAGCUCCGACUGCCUGCUGGCCCUCAGCACCGACAACGGCCUCUGGGUCUCCAAGGACUUCGGGGAGAAGUGGGAGCAGAUCCACAAAGCCGUCUGCCUGGCCAAGUGGGGCGCGAACAACACCAUCUUCUUCACCACCUACCUGAACAACUCCUGCAAAGCUGAUCUUGGGUUACUGGAGCUGAAGAAAACCUCCGACUUCGGCAAAACCUUCAAGGUCAUCGGCACCAAGAUCUACUCCUUCGGGCUGGGCGGCCGCUUCCUUUUCGCCUCCGUCAUGACAGAGAAGGUGGCUGCCCCCCCCCCCCCCCCCCCCCCCCCCCCGGCCCGCCGCCCCCGCCGGCCCCCCCCCGCGCCCCCUCCGUCCCGGCUGCCACGCGACGGGCGCGGGGCUGAGG